UCAAACAGUUAGCUGUCUGUUAAAGGAAUAGAUGGACAGGCUGAUUGACUGAUUUUCAGUUCGCCCGUUAUCGACGAGGACCUACGAAAAAAAUCGAUUGUUGUUUGGUGAAAUUAUCGACUUGUAUCUACUUACCUUGAAUUAAUUUAUUUCAACAUAUUUGUGAUGCCGAAGACACAUUCAUCCAUUGUUUUCUCUUUAAUCGUGAUAUUUUCUACUUGUUGUUUGGCUGUCAAUCAGACUUUUGUGAAUACAAUGAAAACAAAACUUAAAAUACUUGGUGUCUUCGGUCAUCCUGGCAAGAGUCAUUUUGACGUAUUCAAGCCGCUUCUGGAGGAAUUAGCUCGAAGAGGUCACGAGCUCACUGUGAUCUCGUAUUUUCCUAGGACUGAUAAUGCCAAGGUGAAAGAGCCACUGCCCAAUUAUAAAGAUGUCAGUCUGGUGAUUUCCAAAGACGGCAUCUUUGUAAAUGUUGUAGAUCUUCAACAGAUCAACCACGGAUGGUUUCGUCCCAUGCUGGAUCUCUACAUGUUGAGGAUUAUGGCAGAUUACGCGUGCAAUACCGGUUUGCGAAAUUCGAAUGUCAAAAAGUUUCUUCAAUCCGACGAAAAAUUUGAUUUAAUUCUCACAGAAAAUUUCAACACCGAUUGUUUUUUGGGUUUUAUUCAUCGUUUUAAGGCGCCAUAUAUGGCCUUAUCAUCACAUCAAAUCAUGCCAUGGACUAACAGUGACAUGGCUAAUACUGAUAAUCCUAGUUACAUCCCGAUUAUAAUACUUGGAUUAACUAAACCUCUAGAUUUUUUCAGUCGAAUAAAAAAUGCAUUAUGGCUGUUAUUGUCUAAAGCGAUUUAUGAAUAUUAUUUCCGAUCUGUCGAUCAAAUUGUCGCCAAUGAAGUCUUCGGUCCGGAUCUUCCCAAGUUGAAAGAAAUCGCCCUGCAAUCGCAAGCGUUAUUGGUGAAUACUCAUAGUAGUAUUCAUGGCAGUAGGCCUCAGCUGCCGAAUGUGAUAGAAAUUGGUGGACUUCACAUUCCAUCCAAAGUCAAUCCGCUACCGAAGGACGUAGCUGAAUUUCUUGACAGCGCCCAUGAGGGAGUGCUAUAUUUCAAUUUAGGCUCUAUGAUCAAGAUGUCAUCGAUACCACAGGAAAAGUUGAAUGCUAUAUUAAAGGUGAUUGGUUCUAUACCGCGGAAAGUGAUUUGGAAGUGGGAGACUGAUGAACUACCGCGCAAGCUGGACAACGUUAUGGCCAGACAGUGGCUGCCUCAGUUCGACAUAAUGAAUCAUCGGAAUGUUAAAUGUUACUUGGGUCAUGGCGGACUUCUCGGUCUCUCGGAGAGUGUUUAUGUAGGUCUACCAAUGAUCUUAGUGCCGAUAUACGGUGAUCAGUUUCACAAUUCUGCUGCUGCAGAGACCAGAGGUGCCGCGGUGGUAGUUGCAUACGAUGAUUUAACCGAAGAAACAUUAAGAAAUGCUCUGGACAAAGUUUUUAAUGAUACCAGUUACCAUGAGAAUGUCCAACGGCUUUCGAAAGCUUACCGUGAUCGACCUGUUACACCGAUGGAGACGGCGAUAUGGUGGACGGAAUAUAUCGCUCGGGGCAAUGGCAGAUUUUACUUCCGUAGCGACAGCACAGAUUUAUCCUGGUACCAGCGUCAUCUUGUUGAUGUAACACUUGUUUUGAUUAUUGUCUCCAUGAUAUUCAUAUACAUCCUCUUCCGAUUGAUCAAACUGCUAUUGACGUUGCUCAGAUUCUUCAAAAGAAGUCAGGUCGAGGAGAAGAGAAAAUUGAAGAAGGAUAACUGAUUAUGUU